ACGAUUCUCAUCAACCAAUAGCCAUUCAUCUCCUUGAGAAUGUGAACACAAAAAGACAACAAGACAAAGUUGAGAGUUUUCUUUUUUCAUCUCUUCUUUGUUUGGAUUCGCCAUUACAGAACCGCUCUUUGGUCUCUUCCUCUUCCUCUUCUCUUGUCUGAUAAAAAUCAAAACUUUUUCUUCUCAUAAAGAUUUAAAAAAAUUUCAAAUAAAAAGCCAUUCAUGAGCGUUUCAUCGCUUCCUUGACACUUGUCUUUCUCAUCAUUCUUCAUAAUUUGUAGAGAAAAGGAGCCACUUUUCUUCUUCCAGCUAUUAACAAUCCUCAGCAUGCUUCUCCUUCAUUCUCCAUCAUCAUGUGAGCCAUCUUCUUGAACUCUCAAAACCCACCAGAAUGUCUAAGAACACACAACUCGAAGAAAACACAGAAGCGAAGCCAUUCAAGAGGUCGAGGCUCGUCUUCGAGCCGUCUCUAGGAGUGUUGGGGUUCUCCUUACUCGGUUUAUGCUUGGUAUGGAGCUUCUUCUACUUUGAUUAUAGAACCAUAGCUGCUAAAAGCUAUAACCUUUCGGACAAAUCAGAGAGAUUCGUUUGGCUCAAACUUGAAAACAAGAACAACAAGAGUGAUGUUAUUGGUUCAAACAGAGUUGGGUUUCUGGAAGAGAGUGGAGAUGGGUGUGAUGUGUUCGAUGGAGAUUGGGUCUGGGACGAGUCUUAUCCUCUGUAUCGGUCCAAAGAUUGUAGCUUUCUCGAUGAAGGGUUUAGGUGUAGUGAGUUUGGAAGGUCUGAUGUGUUCUAUACUCAUUGGAGAUGGCAACCUAGACACUGUAACUUGCCCAGGUUUGAUGCUAAACUGAUGCUAGAGAAACUUCGAAACAAGAGGCUAGUCUUUGUUGGAGACUCAAUAGGAAGAAACCAAUGGGAGUCUCUUCUUUGUCUUCUCUCUUCAGCAGUCAAGAACGAGAGCUCGGUUUACGAAGUGAAUGGAAGUCCCAUCACAAAGCACACAGGGUACUUAGUGUUCAGAUUUCAGAACUACAACUGCACAGUGGAGUACUACAGAUCACCAUUCUUGGUUCCUCAAACCAGACCACCAAAAAGAUCAGCCAAUAAAGUUAAGACAACUUUGAAAGUAGACACUAUGGAUUGGACUUCGAGUAAAUGGAGAGAUGCAGAUGUUUUAGUGCUCAGUACUGGACACUGGUGGAACUAUGGGAAGACUGUUAGAACGGGAUGCUACUUUCAAGAAGGAGAAGAAGUGAAGCUUAAGAUGAGUGUAGAUGAUGCUUAUAAGCGAGCUAUGGAGACCGUUAUGAAAUGGAUACAAACCGAGGUUGAUUCAGACAAAACUCAAGUCUUCUUCCGCACAUACGCCCCUGUUCAUUUCAGGGGAGGAGAUUGGAGAACGGGAGGAGCAUGUCACAUGGAGACGUUACCUGAGAUUGGAACUACCUCGUUGGUUUCAUCAGAGACAUGGCAACAGUUGAAGAUUCUUGGAGAUGCGUUAUCACAUUACUCCAACAGAUCAGAGACCGUUGAAGUGAAUGUGUUGAACAUUACGGUAAUGUCUGCUCAAAGAAAAGAUGGUCACCCGUCGGUUUACUAUCUUGGCUCGCGUGGUCCUGCACCGCUUCAUCGCCAAGACUGUAGCCACUGGUGCCUUCCUGGUGUUCCUGAUACGUGGAACGAGCUCAUGUAUGCGUUGUUUAUGAAACAAGGAAGAGCCAAAGAAGCAAAUAGUACAGGAAAUGUCACAAUGUCGUGACCCUUGACAGGACAACAAGCUCAGGUUUCUUAUGCUGAUGGCGUUUUAUUGAAGGUACUGAGCUCAAAGAUCAAAAAGGGUUUGAGUAUUUUUCGAUUAGAUUCAUUGGGUGGGAAUAUGUAAUUAGGUUGAUCAUUUUAAAUGAUGGUUGUAAAGAUAAAAAAAUAUUAAAUGAUAUUCAAAGUUUCAUAUA